AUGGAUAAGCCACAAAUUAUUUUACAUAGUCAAAAGUCAGUUAAUUAUACCGUUUUUGAUGUUAAAUGGAUUCCGACAUCAGCUAAAUUUAUUUCACUUGGUAAUCAUGCUCGUGGAACAGGUGCUUUAGAUAUAUUUGAAAUAACACAUGGAGAUAUUACAGUUGUAUCACAAAAUGAAAAACCUUCAGCUUUCAAAUGUGGAACAUUUGGAGCUUCACCAACACGAGAAAGACGACAUUUAGCGACAGGAAAUUUCGAUGGUUAUAUUCAAGUUUGGGAUUUAGAAAAACUUGACAAACCAAUUUAUUCAGUCAAAGGUCACAAAGAAAUAAUCAAUGCUAUUGAUGGUGUCGGUGGAUUAGGUGUUGGUGAGGGUGCACCAGAGAUAGCAACAGCUAGUCGAGAUGGUCGAGUACAUAUAUGGGAUACGAGACAAGCUGAUCUUCCUGUAGCUAGUAUGGAACCUGCUGAAAGUGAAACAAAACGAGAUUGCUGGUCAGUUUGUUUUGGUAAUGCUUUUAAUUCAAGCGAACGAAUUGUUGGUGCUGGUUAUGAUAAUGGUGAUGUGAAAUUAUUUGAUUUAAGAUCGAUGUCUCUACGAUGGGAAACAAAUAUUAAGAAUGGGGUAUGCUGCUUGGAAUUCGAUAGAAAAGAUAUCGAAAUGAAUAAACUUGUUGCAACAACAUUAGAAAGUAAAAUACAUGUAUUUGAUAUGAAAACUCAACAUAGCGAAAAAGGUUUUGCAUCAGUUGUGGAAAAAGCUCAUGAUUCUACUGUUUGGCUUGGUAGACAUUUACCACAAAAUCGUGAUGUAUUUAUGACAUGUGGAGGUUCAGGUUCAUAUUAUUUAUGGAAAUAUAACUAUCCAGAACAACGCUUCAAGACUCAAACUGAUAAAACUGUUGUGGGUGUCGCCGGCAGUUUAGCUCUUCUUCAAAAUAUCAGCUUAUCCAGUCAACCCGCCAGUGCUUUUGAUUGGAGUUUAGAUAAGCUUGGUUUAGCUUGUACAUCCGCAUUCGAUCAAACCGUUCGUGUUUUAAUAACAACAAAAUUAAAUACAGUUUAA